AAAACCGUGAUAAUGUUUCGAUUGUUGGACGAGGAAUGGACAACGUUGUCCCCGAAUCGAUCCGACUACCAUUCUUAUCGUGGCUCCAAUUACGAGAACGAGAAAUUCUACGGAGGCAGAUCCGUCCUGUUCUCCGUCCCGGAAUCCAUGCUCGAGGAGAGUAUGUCGGGGGUGGAUCUGCAGCUUUACGUGUACAAGGGUAUAUCCAAGUAUUUCGAGCUCGAGUCGCGCCGUAAUUUCGGAUUCACUCUCAUAAGGAUGGACGACCUGUUUAACGGAAUUAUCAAGGACCUCAACGAGAGGAAGGAGCUCGAGGGUUAUUUUUCCAACGAUUUGGAGCGGGAACCUAUAUCAAGAUCGACGCAAGGCAAGUUCAACCUGUUCGACGAGAAUUUGGACAAGACCGAGGCGACGGUCGAGCUCUACGUACGCAUCAGUUAUCUGGGCAAAUGCAUCAUAACCGAGAUACACUCCCCGACGAGCAUACAGAAAGCGUUCUACGCGCGCGAGGAGACGGACGAGCAUUACAGAUACCAAUUCCGCGAGUUGAACACCAUGGACCUGGAAUCGUUCUGUUGGGGGAGCUUGACCAUCAUCCCACCCCUCCAUCCGGACAAUUUGAUCUGCCGUUGCGAGCGGGUCGAGAAGCCCGUCGAGGAGGCGACGCAAACGAAGAAGAAGAAGAAACGGAAGCGCGACGAGCUCGAUUUCUAUGGGAAGAUGGCACGCGCCCAAGAAUUGUUGGCCAAGAUGAAGGAGAUGAGGAAAAAUCGUCCCGAUUCCAUAGCGCACGGGGUGCCGAAGAAAGUUUGCCCACCGCCUGUCUGCCCGACCGUGUGCACCCCUGUCUGCGUUUACACUCUCCCAUCCAUUUGUCCCAGUCCCUGUCAACCGUCGACCGUUUACUGUAUGCCUUCCCUCGCCUCUCCUUGCACGCCUUCCUGUAGGUGAACUCUAUAUAUAUAUAUAUAUAUGUAUACGGAGAAUCAUGGAGAAUUUGCACAGGGAAUUUGCACGGAA